AUGAAUUUUUCUUCUAAAUUUAUUGGUUCCUCUGGAAAUAUUUCUGGUCUAGAAGCUCGAGUAUCAGUUGUUAAUGGAUUCGAGCGAGGAUUCACUUGCUUUGGCAUGUUCUGUAACCUUGUCUUACUUCCAUUAAUAAUGUUCAAAUCGCCCACUGAUAUGGGAGUGUACAAGUUUCUCAUGAUGUACGUCGCUGUUUUUGAGCUAUUCUUCGGAUGGUUGGAACUUAUGACUGUCACAAAUUUGCACACUCAAGGUUCAUUAUUCACCGUCGUUGUUGAUCCCGACCAGGCAUAUCUUCCGGAUGGUUUACUGCAGAUUUCGUGUUAUCUCUACUGCGGUUCUUUUGCCACAUCACUAGCCAUAUUUGGUGUACAGUUUGCUUAUCGAUAUCAGGUUCUUAAAGGUAACACUUUGUGGACUUCACAACGUCUCUCCACAUUUCUGUUUUGGGGUAGCAUUCCACUUACUGUUGCUCUUCUCUGGACAAUCCCUUGUUCUAUAUUUCUGGGAAGAAAUUAUUACGUGAAUAAUGUUGUCAGAACUAUUUGAUGGAACAACUACAAUCAACUGGGACUCUUUUAUUGGAACAUUUCUUUGUGUCUGUAUACUAUUUGGCUCCGAGUCCCUGAUGCUCUAUUUUGCUCUAAAAUCCUACUUCGUCACAAAGUCCCUCAUGACUUCCGCCUACUCUGCAAACUUCCAAAAACUUCAAUGGCAGAUGUUCUACGCCUUGGUGUCUCAAACAGGGAUUCCAAUUCUUUUCAUGCAAUUUCCAAUGACUUUAAUCUAUAUCACUUGCCUUGCCAACAUCUCCACAUCAUUUUUCGGGAAACUUCAGCAAUUAACAAUUUCAUUCUAUCUGGCAACUGACGCUCUUCCAACCAUUUUCAUCAUAAAACCAUAUCGAGAGUUUAUUCUCGAUAAUUUCCAAAAGCUGAAACUUUCCUACUGCAAGCCAACUCUUUUUGCAAGUCAAAUGGUAACGCACACCGAUGUUUCACGCGCCGAUAUUCCUCCAAGAUUUGUAUUUGUUCAAUGA